GGUUCUCAAUCAAUAGGAGAUAUCAGCAUUCCCUUAACUGAGCCAAUGGAAAAGCUCAAUAUUCAAGAUAAUUCUCAACAAGAAACUUCCCUCCAAGCCCAAAUCCAAAUUCCUCCUAAAUAA